AUGAAGACUGCCGUCCUCACAUUUGCUGCUAUACUGGGCGUGGCUUCUCUGGCGCCUCAGCUAAUUCACUGCAGCGCGUCUUCGAACACAACAACUGAAGUCCAGCAAUGCAGCGGAGAAAAGCUGGAACUGACUGGAGGAGCAAAGGUAUCUCUGAAGUUCCAGUGCGCCACCGGGCAAACACUGAAGCCAACUGAUGAUAAGGUCUACGAGUACACGGACACGUGCAACACCAACAAAACCCACAAACUUGCGGACCUCGUUCCUGGAUCCCAGCUAGCAAGCUCUCAGGCAACCGCACAGGCGAUGAGAAAAGGAAGAGCUUCGGGCGACGACCAACAAGUUUACACUCUCACGCUCGGCGAUGCACCACAAGAAAAGCAAGUCUUCUGCUACAGGUGCGAGGCGAACGGCGACGGAGGGCGACAAACAGGAAAAACACCGUGCUCCGUGGUCGUCACCGUACCCCAAUCUGGAUCCUCCGGCGCAGCCGAGAUUGGAGUGACAACCGCGGUGUUGACUGGCGCGGUUGUCCUAGGAACCUUUGCCAUGCACUAA